AUGGACCUCAUCAAGAACAUCAUCACGGACGCCAAGGCGAUGGAGGCCGAGACCACCCGCGACGAGGAGGACGCCCAGAAGGCGUACGAGGACUUCGUCAAGGCGAGCAACGACUCGAUUGAGGCCAAGAAGAGGGAGGUCACUGCGAAGAGCGCCGAGAAGGCCAAGGCCGAGGGCGAGCUGGUGGAGGCGAAGAAGAACAAGGGCAAGGUCAUGACCGAACUGGAGCAGUUGUCCAACAUGAACGCUCAGCUGCACUCGAGCUGCGACUUCAUCCUCAAGAACUUCGAGCUCCGCCAGACGGCCAGGGACGAGGAGGUGCAGGCCCUGAGGCAGGCGAAGGACAUUUUGUCCGGGUCGCACUUCGAUGAGUUCUUGCAGGCGGCGUGA